AUGGCACCCGCCCCCAUCGACCCUCGCAUUGUAGACGUUGCGCCGCCGAGAAAAGACACCCUCAAUCUACCAGCUCCUGCAAGGGAGCGAUUGGAAAAGUCAGUUGUUGAUCUCGACGCUGGAUAUCCCUAUCGACCAUCACGUCCACUCUAUCUGGAUGACGUUUACAAUGUGCGAAACUAUCACCGCGAACAUGUAGACCCUGGAAGCCGCGCCGAUCCCGAAAAGAAGGCACUCCUGUCCGCCGCUAAGGAAGUGAUUCCCCUCACAAGACAUAUUGGAACCGAAAUUGUCGGCCUACAACUCAAAGAUCUGACCAACCAGCAGAAGGACGAGCUGGCCUUGCUAAUCGCCGAACGGAGCGUUGUUUUCUUCCGGGACCAAGACAUCUCUCCCCAGCAACAAAAAGACUUGGGUGAAUAUUUUGGGGAAGUCGAAAUCCAUCCACAAGUGCCUCAAGUCCCCGGCAUCCCCGGCGUAUCCGUGAUGUGGCCCGCAUUGCAAGCCACGGAGACACCAGCCAGCUUCCGUCGACCAGGUGGCGCAUCUAGAUGGCACAGCGACCUAGUUCAUGAAAGGCAGCCGGCGGGGGUAACACACCUACACAAUGACACCGUUCCAACUGUAGGAGGAGAUACGCUCUGGGCAAGCGGAUAUGCGGCAUACGAGAAGCUCUCUCCCGAAUUUCGCAAGUUCAUUGAUAGCAAGACCGCCAUAUACCGAUCUGCUCACCCUUACCUUGAGCGCAGCAACCCUGAAGCUGGGCCUAAAUUUGUGGAGCGUGAGCAUCCUCUAGUCCGUAUUCAUCCUGCAACAGGAUGGAAGGCGCUUUGGGUUAACAGGGCGAUGACCGACAGAAUUGUCGGACUUGAUAAGGCUGAGAGCGAUGUAAUUUUGCGAUACCUGAACGAUGUCUAUGAGAAGAACCCAGAUAUUCAGGUUCGAUUCAAGUGGAGUCGGCGAGCAAGCGCCCUCUGGGAUAAUCGAAUCACCAUUCACAAUGCCAGUUGGGAUUAUGAGGGCUCACAGCCUCGCCACGGUACUCGAGUUACCUCCUUGGCGGAGAAGCCACUUUUUAACAGCAGUGCCCCAACUCGGAGAGAGGCGUUAGGCCUAUUGGGACCCGAGGAGAUUGAGGAGCUGGCGAGCAUGAAUAAAUUGGAGCUGUAG